AUGUCUGAUUUCACGGAACCUAUGGAAGCUAUAUCGGGUGGGCCGAGUAGUACCAACUGCAGUUCGAUUGUCUUUGACAAUCCUAACACCCAGAUUUUUCUUGUAAAGUUGGAUACUACCAACUACUUGAAUUGGUCACAUUCUGUGAAGCUGUCCCUACGGAGUAGAGGGAAGCUAGGGUAUAUUACUGGGGCUAUCAAGGCUCCCGUUGUUGCAGACCCAGGGAAGGAAACUGCCAAGGAUAUUUGGGAUAAUGUCUCUAAGACCUAUGACAGAGUAGGUGACUCUGUGAAGGUCUACCAGCUUCUUCAGCAGGCCCUCUCCAUGAAGCAGGGGACUAAGUCCAUUUCUGACUACUAUUAUAGGACUCUGGGAGGACGUAAUGUUUCAAUUUUACGCCGAAGAGACCAAAACCCUCGAUCGAAGCUCGAACUCUUAAAGAGACGAAAACCCUUGACGUCUUCUCUUCUCCUUCUCCGGCAGCCACCGCUACAACUUCUUCUCUUCUCCUUCUCCUUCUCUGGCAGCCAGCAACUCUUCUUCUUCUCCUUCUCCGGCAACAACCAACAGCGGAGAAGAUCUUCUUCUUCUCCUUCUCCUGCAGCAACCAACAGCCGGAUUGGUUCUCCGGCAGCCACUGCCUGCAAGAUCUUCUUCCUCUCCUUCUCCGGCAGCAACCAACAGCCGGACUGGUUCUCCGGCAGCCACCGCCUGCAAGAUCUUCUUCUUCUCCUUCUCCGGCAGCAACCAACAGCCGGACUGGUUCUUCGGCAGCCACCGCCUGCAACAUCUUCUUCUCCUUCUCCGGCAGCAACCAACAGCCGGACUGGUUCUCUGGCAGCCACCGCCUGCAACAUCUUCUUCUCCUUCGGCAGCAACCAACAGCCGAACUGGUUCUCCGGCAGCCACCUCCUGCAACUUCUUCUUCUCCUUCUUCGGCAGCAACCAACAGCGAUGUCUUCUCUUCUCCUUCUCUGGCAGCAAGAACGACAACAACCACAAUACGAUAUCGCCUGCAACAUCUUCUCCUCCGGUAGCAAGAGCGACAACCAGGUUGCUCACUCACUUCCAAUCAUUGCUUUCAAGCUUCAGUCACAGAUGGAUUCGUUACUCUCUGAGUGUAGAGUUCCAUUCGGUAUGGUUGUAACUGGCCAGCAAGAACACUCAGAAGACACUGAUUCUAGUGAACCUUCCAAUGUUUCACUACAUUCUGGGCAAAUUUUUGGUCCUGCAGAAGAAGCUUCAGCGGAUAGUGUUUACAAUGAACUCUCCAAUGAUAUGCUACAUCCAGGGAAAGUCUUUAGUACUGCAGAAGAAGCUUUUGAGACAUAUUUCAGGUAUGCGAAGAAACAUGGAUUUUCCAUUCGGAAGCAACGGACUUAUGUUAUAGAAGAUGGUUCAAAGGAGAUUUAUCGGAGAGACUUUGUUUGCCACCGAGCAGGGAAGGGGAAAAUAAGGAGAAUAGAUGAUGGCAACGAAGGAAGGAACCGUAAGUCAGUCAGAUGCAUGUGUGAGGCUCACUUGUGUGUUUAUAGAGUUAAGACAGCUGAAUCUGUGACAUGGCAGGUCAGUAGCUUUUCCGAUAAGCAUAACCAUGAGCUACUCACUGAGGAUGAAGUGCGUCACCUACCCGCCUAUCGGUACAUUUCAGAUUAUUACAAGGGCCGCCUAGUGGGAAUGGAAAAGUCUGGAAUGUCAGUGAAGCAAAUGAUGAGACUGCUAGAGGUGGAGCAAAAGGUUGAAGUUGGUGGAUUGCCCUUUAAUGAAACAGACAUAAGGAAUUUUUUAAGUCAAAGCAAGAAUGUAGAGCGGAAGUAUGAUGCAGCCAACCUUGUGCUUUUGUGUAGAAGUAUGCAGGAAAAGGAUGCUGAAUUUCGAUAUGAUUAUAGUGUCGAUGAACAAAAUAGGUUGGAGCAUAUUGCCUGGUGUCAUGCUUCAUCUGUUCGAGGUUAUGAGCACUACGGUGAUGUUGUUGUGUUUGACACCAGCAAUAAGCUUAAUGCUUAUGAUAUGAUAGUUGGAAUUUGGGUUGGCGUGACCAAUCAUGGGGUUUCAUGUCUGUUUGGAUGUUGUUUACUACGCAAUGAGAAGGCCUCAUCAUUUUCAUGGGCAUUAAAAGUAUUUCUAAGGUUUAUGAAUGGUAAACAUCCAAAAAUUAUGUUCACUGAUCAAGAUUCUGCAAUCAGAGAAGCUGUUAGGGAGGAGAUGCCAGGUACAAGGCAUGCAUUUUGCAUGUGGUAUAUCAUGAAGAAGGCUCCUGGAUGGUUUUCUAGCCUACUAGGAACACGUUACAAUAGGUGGCAGGACGAAUUUUAUAAGUUGAAUGAGGCUGAAAGUGAAGAGGUCUUCAAUGUAGGAUGGAGUGAUAUGGGUGAAACGUAUGGACUUAGUGGGGACAUGAAUUGGAUAAAUUUAUAUGAGUUAUGUGCCUUGUGGGCGAAACCAUUCCUGAAGUCCUCUUUUGCUGGUAUUUGGACGACAAACAGAUCGGAAUCAAUGAACUCUUUCAUGAAGAGGUUCAUUACAUCAGAAACCUUGCUCACUGAAUUCAUGGAACAGGUCGGAAGGGCAGUUGACACCAUUGUUGUGGCAGGUGAAAAACAGAACCUGCAACAGAAGGUUAAUAAAAUUGUUCUUAAAACAGGGGCGCCCAUUGAAGAACAUGCAUCAAAAUUAUUAACCCCAUAUGCAUUCAAUCAAUACCAGAAGGAGAUACUUCAAUCAUUCUUUUAUCGAGUGCAACAGAUUGACAAUGGGGGGGAAUGGCUUGUAAAACAUGCUUCAAUGGAGGACAAAGGCUGUAAGGUUCAUCAUGUUGUUGGUGGAGGGGUGGUUAGUUGUAGCUGUAGGGCCUUUGAAUUCACUGGAAUUCUAUGUAGACAUGCUGUGGCAGUGUUGCAAAGGAACAACUGCUUUGGAACCCCUGAUCAGUACUUACCAGUUCGCUGGCGGCGGGAGGCAAGUAUGGAAAGCAGUGCUUACAUGGAGAGACUCAAAGUACUGAAGCCUAUAGCUAUGGAGUUGAUAAAGGAAUCAGCCAAGUCUGAAUCUUUAUUCUCUACUGUCUUGGAAGUACUGACUAAGACUCUCAAUGAUGCGAAGACACAUGGAGGCUCAAGUAGUGAUCAUGGUGAUGUGGGGGUUGAGAUGACAAUUGAUUUAGGUUCCAAUGCUCCUGGUGAUUAAUAUUUCCACUCUGUUAAAUCAGGUUGUGCAUUGACGGAAGGUAUAAGGUCAUGGAUGGUAAAGGGAAUUCAAGAAUCAACUCAUCAUAAAGUGGCUUGUUACUUAAGUUCAUUAAUAUAUAGACAUGGGAGGUCAGUUUACCUUUUCA